AUGCUCCCAGACAGCCCAUCGCCACGUGCAGCUCUUGCUCUUUCUGAUCUUCAACCUCAGACUGGUGCAUCAACUUUCAGCAUUGGCAGUGGAUCCGGAAACUGGUCUACACGAGGUGUUGGUGGAGUCAGUGGAGACUAUAUGGACAAAUCUGGAGGAGGCAUGUUUGGAAACAGCAGAAACAAUGUGAGUCAUCAGGGAUGUAGGGGGAUUCAGAAUCUAGAAGAAGAGACUGUUGAGUGGGAAUCACGGACAUUUGUUCCGAGAUGA